CAGCCUUAGGUGCAAUUGAGGAUGAGACGCGCUUCUAUGUUCUGUAUUGCCAAAAAUAGAUAAAAACUCGGUGCAAUUUCUUCGCUAUCAGUGUUUUUUCUUGUGGUUCACGAACACUGCGUAUAUAACGAUUAAAUUCAAAUGUUAGUGCUACGAGGUAGCCUUUUUUUGUGAGCUAGUCCUGAGUUGGCACCGAGCCUGCAAAGAGGCUUCAAAGAAAAAGCCUCCUUUAUUCUUCCCUACUUUGGUGUGUGUUUGUUCUGUUUUCAGGUGAAGCAACCGUAGCGUUCCGAUUGAAGUCGGUCUUAAAUGCAAACGUGGGCCUGAAACGGUGUUGUAUUAAGAAUAUUUAAUUCAUUUUCGUUGGUGAUCCGUAGAGAUAGAGAAGAUGGGACUUCUGGAUCUCUUCAUCGCUGCAUCAAUUCCAAUACUGAAAGUUUUACUAAUAACUGCACUUGGCUCCUAUCUAGCUUUGGAUCAUGUCAAUGUUUUGAGUGAAGAUGCCAGGAAGCAUAUAAACAAUGUCGUAUUUUAUGUCUUCAACCCAGCGCUUGUGUACUCCAGCCUUGCUGGAACUAUCACAUAUGAAAGCAUGGUCAAGUUGUGGUUCAUGCCGAUCAAUGUUCUCAUUACAUUUCUAGUUGGCUCAAUCCUUGGAUGGAUAGUCGUCCUGUUUACAAGGCCUCCCUCACAUUUGCGGGGGCUUAUUUUGGGUUGUUGUGCUGCAGGAAAUUUGGGGAACUUGCCUCUUAUUAUACUCCCAGCAGUUUGUAAAGAAAAAGGGAGUCCAUUUGGACCUGCAUGUAGCUCAUUCGGGUUGGCUUAUGCUUCUCUGUCAAUGGCGCUUGGAGCCAUUUAUUUGUGGUCUUAUGUGUACAACAUUGUCCGGGUAACUUCAACUAGGAGCACAGGAGAAUCUGAAACUGGAGGUAACUCUUUCAAAGGAGAAUCGAAUUCAGGCAUGGGGGAGUGCAGGGAGCCGCUACUUUCUUCCAAGGAUGAACUUGCGUUGCCCCAAACUACAUCUAAGGUGGAAGUUUCAUGUACAAUUAAGGAAAGAGUCAAGUUGGUGUUCACGAAGAUUAAUCUGAAGGCUUUGCUUGCACCUUCUACCGCUGGAGCGCUUGCUGGAUUUGUAAUCGGACUUGUCCCUCUGAUGCGAAAAUCAUUGAUUGGUGAAACUGCUCCUCUUCGUGUUAUUCAUGAUUCUGCUUCUUUACUGGGAGAUGGAGCCAUCCCCACCGUCACACUGAUUGUUGGAGCAAACCUUCUCAGAGGUCUUAAAGGGUCUGGAAUUAGCAAAACCAUUGUUGUGGGCAUCGUAGUCACUCGUUAUGUUGCCCUGCCUCUGAUUGGCAUUCUCAUUGUGAAAGGGGCACACCAGUUUGGCUUAGUGCACUCUGAUCCUCUGUAUCAAUUUAUUCUUCUGCUUCAAUUUGCAAUGCCACCAGCCAUGAACAUCGGUGCCAAUAUUUCUAACGCUUUGGUACCAUCACUCAAUUAUUUGGAGCAGGUGAAAGUGAAUGCUCUGUUAUAAUGCUUUGGACUUAUGGUUUGGCUUCAAUAUCCCUUACUCUUUGGUCGACAUUCUUUAUGUGGCUUGUGUCUUAAAUUUUAAUUCCUUCCUGCUAUUGAGAGUGGUACAUUCGCCAUCAUGGCAACUUAUUUUCAUGCUAAAAUACAUUAUUCCAAAUUGUAAUUUCAAAUUUUGUAUUCAGUUAUAUUCAAGAGGAUUAUUAAAGGCCAAA